UGGAAAGUCUUUACUUUAUUUUCUAUUAGAUGUUUUUCUUUUUUUUGCAAGCUACUUCCUAGCGAUGCUAGUGAAUAAAUACUAGCAUUUCUAAAAGCAGCUAGCUUCUUGGUAGCUAGUUAUGAGGUUAGGAAAUAGGUUCCCAAUCUGGCCAAUCUUGGCCUGACUAAGCCAACUUCAUAAAAUUGCUAGGUCAUCGCGUGUUUGAAGCAGCAGCCCACUCAUAGUGCAGACAUGGCUGGUGGUAAAGGCCGUGGUAUAGCUGCCUUCAGCUUCAACAUCGAAUCCCUGGGCCUCAGCAGGGGGAAUAUGCCUCAGACCAGAGAGGGGCCCAACAAGCUGUAUCCAGAUGUGGAGUUCAAGCCUGUGCCCUUGAAAGAGGGAGAAGAUGAGGACUACAUGCUAGCCCUGAAACAGGAGAUAAGGGGAACCAUGAGACUACUACCCCACAACAUCAAGCCUCUGGCUGGGAAAGGAGAUGUGGAAAGAUACAAGGAGAGGUAUCAGAGGCAAAACAUGUUGGAUGAGGAGUGGACUCCAGACUGGCAGCUUUUUCCAAAAGAGCUGAUGCCUCAAAAGAAAAAGUUGACUGUAAAACCAGUAGGCGCAAAGAAGAAACCCAUAAAGGUGUCAAGCAAAGAAAAAGCAGAUGUACUCAGUAAAUUAGAUGAACUGGAAAAGAAAGAUGAUGUAAAGUCAGAUGAGGAGAAAGAAGAAAAGAAAACUACAGAGGAAGGGGAGGAGGAAGAAAUUGAAGGAGAGGAGUUGGAGGAGGAAUUAGAAGAGGAAAAUGACUACAUUGCCAGCUACUUUGAAGAUGGUGAUGAUUUUGGUGCCGGCAGUGAUGAGAACAUGGAUGAAGGAGCCACAUAUUAACCUCAACUGUAUGGAUGUUAUCUCAAGAGCAUACAGUAUUUAAAAAGCCAGAAUGUUGACUGUCACUCUUCUAAACACAUUUCCCCCUGCAAAUCAUGAUUUAUUGUUUACCAAAUAGCUGUUGGCUAUAUGACUAACACUGUCAUCAAGUUCACAUUUUGUUUGAACCUACAUUUACAAUGUGAGAAUCAUCAAGAUGUGCUUGUGUGAUUUGAAGUGAGUUUGAGUUUAAAUACUGUAAGUGGCUCUUUUGUAAAUAAGUGUAUAAACAAAUUAAACAAACAUGCAAAGUC